GCUCACAAGGCAACAGAUACGGAGUGAACAGCGCGUACACGUGGUAUGCGGCCAGUACACAGUGCACGACCUAGACAUAGUAUUGGUAUGGAAAUCACGUGAAUAUAAUCACUAAAACUCUAAUUACCGGAAAUUAACGGAUCUAGUGUUCUUUUCAUUCAUACACGUGUUCAAUUAAAACACAAGACGUCACAACAACUGUAAACUUAUUUACAAAGAUAGAAGAAAAAUCCAUUUCCAUUAUCAGGAGUCGAUCAUUUGGGAAUUUCCUGGAAAUUAUUAUAGUAUGUGUUAGACUACAUUCGAUACAAAACUGCUUCAAUUUGCCAAGAUUACUUGAUACGAUAUAUCUAAUGGUUUCACAUCGUCACAGGAUGUGAUCGUGUAUGCGGGCUGUCGGAUUAACUACCUACCUUGUUGUGAUGUACACAGUGUCAUAGAAAUCAUAGACAUUUUAAUACAUAGUACAGGACUUUAUCUAGUUCCUGUUAUUUUAAAUGUUUAAUUAAUAUGCCGUAAUAAUGUUUUACUAAUUCCUGUACAAGUACCGACAUCGAUACCAAGUUAUAUAUUGUUUCUUAUCUUGGAUGUAAGUUUUAAAUAAUUACUUCGUCUCUGAUGGAAGCAGGACGCUUAUAACUGAAGGCACUUUCAGAAACAUGGGAUAUACGGGAGUAUUUCGUGUGAUCAGAGCCAUAUUGGGUCGUAUAUAUUGCCUGAUGUCUCUGUGUUGGAUUUUACAUGUUGGAUCAUUCGUUCAUUUGUUUGCUGCAUUUUUAACAGGUAUACCAUUGAUGACGGCGAUUGAUUUCCAGUCAACUCUAGAUCCCAAAUUUAACCCAACGCCUACUAAUGUCACCUUCAUGAGGGGAGAUCUGGCCAUUCUGUCCUGUUCCGUUGAAAACCUGGGCACUAAAUUUGUGAUAUGGCGCAGGACAGCGGAUCCCAACCCUCUAUCCAUAGGAAAGACUGUAUUUGUUGCAGACGAUCGGUAUCACGUGAAUUAUAUAGACUACAGAGUACAGUGGGAUUUAUAUAUAAAAAACGUCAGUCGAAAAGACGCUGGUCUCUACGAAUGUCAAGUCAGCUCACGUGAACGUAAUAUACGAAGAGUGGUUUUCUUAACGGUGAUAGAGCCGCCAGCUACAAGUCCAAAGCCGACACCUAAACCAAAAAUUUUAAUCACCGGAUCCCAGUACGUAGAGAUAGGCAACAAAAUCUACCUCAUGUGUAAUGCUACAACAGACGAUUUCCCUAACGACGAUUUAGACUGGUUUAAAGAUGGACACGAAAUUUUACAAAAUGAUUAUGACCAACAUAUCAGUAUAACGAAAUUUGUGUCGUUAAUAGAUAAACUUAUAUAUAGUGUGUUAACUGUCAAUAAUGUGAAACUGGAGGAUGCCGGGAAAUACGUGUGUAGAACAUCCGACCUCCAUAUUACAAGUACACUUGUCAACGUCCUUAGUGAGCCCGACAAGCACGGGGAGCUGAUAGAUCCUACCCAACCACCCGGUGCUAAAUCAUCUAUAAUUAGAAGAAGCGAAACAGCAGAAACAGAGUCAACAAAUGGUUAUUCAUCGGCAGCAUCAUCUCUUUUCGUUUUAUUACCCAUAUGUACAAUCCCAUGGACGUUAUAUAUUCUUUUUUCAACGUGAUUCACAUCUUUAUUGUUGUUUAAAUAAAUCGUUAUUUUUCUCUCUUAUCAAUCAAUACUAUGCAGAUUGUGUGUAAUAAAUUUUAUAUUUUACUUAAA